UCAAUUUUAAGAUUAGAGUGCAGAUAAGUAGGAGUAUGUCGUCCCGUAGAUCGGACAAAAAUGAUGGAUUAUCGGACUGUUAUCCCGAGCCUUAUACCAAAAUCCCGCCUCAACCAACGGAGAAAAAACCAGGACAGCUCCCGUUAGAGCAAAUCAAACAAUUUUUCGAAGAGGGUUACAUUGUUGUCGAGAAUUUCUUCAGUAAGGAUGAGCUACAACCUUGUCGUGAUGCCAUAAACGAGAUGGUUGAGUUACUGGCGAAUAAGCUUUAUGAGGCCGGAAAGAUCAAAAACUUGUACAAGGAAUAUGGGUUAUUUCAGAGACUUUCAAAACUUGAAGAAGAGUUUCCCGGAGCGAACAUCCUUCUCUUUAAGCAUCAAAAGAUACCAAAGGCAUUCCGUGAUCUAUGGUGCAAUGAGCGUUUGCUGCACCUGAUCGAGCAGCUGAUUGGACCGGAUAUAGCUGGACAUCCGGUAUGGAAUAUGCGCACAAAGACACCGAACAGUAAAGCAAUGGUUGUUCCAUGGCACCAGGGUAUUUAUUAAUAUGGGUUUUACUUUACU